GCAGUCGACGUCACGUCCGCUCUAGGAAUUCCGAAUCUGGAACCCGCGCAAUGAAGAGAGCGUUCGUGACUGUUGGGACCACCAGUUUCGACGACCUCGUCGCUAGAGUGGCCGCUCCGGACAGCGUCGAGAUCCUCAAGAGUCUCGGUUACAACCAACUUGUCCUCCAAAUUGGGAGAGGCACAGUGGUUCCUGAACCAUUUAGCACAGAGUCAUUCACUCUGGAUGUUUACAGAUAUAAGGAUUCUUUGAAAGAAGACCUUCAGCAAGCAGAUCUUGUCAUCAGCCACGCAGGUGCAGGAAGUUGUUUGGAGAGUCUGGAAAAAGGCAAGCCACUUGUGGUAGUUGUAAAUGAAAAGUUAAUGAACAAUCAUCAAUUUGAAUUGGCAAAGCAGUUGCACAAAGAAGGACAUCUCUUCUAUUGUACCUGCAGGGUCCUGUCUUGUCCUGCGCCAGUCAGCCUCUUGCUUCUGCUUCUGGAAAUUGCCAAGAUUCUUCAGCCCUGCCGCACCUGCCUUCUGCCUAGACCUUGAGCUGUUUCGGAUACCUGCCUACACAACUUGUCGCCAUUGCCUAGUCCUCCCUGCAUUCUGUUUUUUCUUCUUUUUCACCCCUCUGUUACUUUCUCCUCAUCCCAUGCACAAUGAAUAAAGGAUGGAAAAACUGCGGCCAGAAGU